AUGCACGCAGCCUGGGCAUUUCUGGAGACACUCCUGAGGGACGAGGUCCCAUUCGCUAAACUACUUUAUACUAGAGAAGAGACAGCAUGCUUAAACCAUAACCCAAGUGCCAAUUCGGUGGCCAGUAUGGUGACUAGAUAUCUGACCAAAAGACAAGCACUUGCACUAAUAGCUAUGGGAGAUGCUGACGAAUCUCAUAUGUCAGAAAGGGUCACUGCCAAGUUUUCCGCAUUGAUUGAGGAAACGUGGAUAAACAACAUGACAAAAGAGAGCGAGCCAAGGAUCAAGGAUCUUGCGGACGGGAAAGACUUUACCAAAGUAACAUUUUCACCGGAUUCGUCAAAGUUCAAAAUUCAGGCGUUGGAUAAUGACAUGGUAUCGUUGAUGACUCGUCGAGCUUAUGAAGUCGCCGCUUCUACCAAAGGUGUUGAAGUAUUUCUCAACAAUACCAUAGUGCCCGUUCGGUCCUUCAAGGACUACGUUGAUCUUUAUGUCAAAGGAAAAAAGGACGACAUAGGAAAGCCACUCCAAGUUAGCCACACGAAUUGUGGCACACGAUGGCAGGUCGCCUUGACUUCAUCGGACAGGGGUUUCCAGCACCCGUCAUUCGUCAACGGCAUCGCCACCCAAAGGUGA